UCCCUCAAACAGCACAGCAUAUGAAUCCAGCGACAAUGCCUCACUCCGUCUCUCCAGAAGCUUCGCCUGUCGACGACACUCAACUCCCGCAAACCUCUGCCCAACCCCUAGAGAGCGUCGUGAAAGAGGAACCUACCUCGCCGACCGAAGAUGUCCCCAUGUCGGAUGCCCCCAGCCCUUCAGAGGCGGCAAAGACCAAGGUCAAUCUCGAAGACUUGUUCGACGAUGAGGAUUCAGACGAGGAGUUUUCCUCGAGUGUACCUCAAGUGAAAGCGGAGAAGACGCCUGAGCAAGAACCAAUUAAAAUAAAGGCCAGCUCAGGCUUCGCAGACCCAGACGCUAUGCGAGCUUUCUACCAGCGUCUCUUCCCUUUCAGAUACCUAUUCCAAUGGCUGAACCAUUCGCCAUCUCCUACCAACGACUUCAUGCACCGCGAGUUCGCGUUUACUCUACAGAACGACGCGUACCUCCGAUACCAGUCCUUCCCGACCUCAGACCUCCUCCGCAAACAAGCCGUCCAAAUGAUCUCCUCCCGGUUCGAAAUCGGCCCCGUCUACAGCACUAACCCACGAGAGCGCAAAUCUCUCCGAAAAGCCUCUGCCUUCCGCCCCGUCGCAAAAGAACUCGUCUUCGAUAUCGAUAUGACAGAUUACGACGACAUCCGGACGUGUUGCACAGGUGCCAACAUCUGCCUUAGCUGCUGGACCUUCAUCACGAUGGCUAUCAAAGUAGUCGAUGUUGCUUUACGCGAAGACUUCGGCUUCAAGCACAUUCUAUGGGUCUACUCUGGUCGACGAGGAGCCCACGCCUGGGUAUGCGACAAACGAGCACGCGAGAUGGACGACCAGAGGCGGCGAGCGGUAGCUUCGUACCUCGAGCUGGUCAAGGGCGGCGCGCAAGGUGGAAAGAAAGUAAACCCGAAACGACCUCUCCACCCACAUCUCGACCGCUCCCUCGAUAUCCUCCGCUCGCAUUUCCAGACCUCCAUUUUGCUCGAGCAAGACCCCUGGGCUGGUGAGCGCUCUACCCACCUCUUAGAUCUACUUCCAGACCCAACCCUCCGCGCGGCACUCUCCAAGAAGUGGGAUUCGGCGCCCUCGCGGCCCAGCUCAUCUAAAUGGGCAGACAUAGACGCGUUGGCAAGUUCCGGCGCAUUGUCGUCACUCAAUCCGACGACGUUGAAGGAGGCAAAGCAAGACAUCGUGCUAGAAUACACAUACCCGCGUCUCGAUGCCGAGGUGUCAAAGAAGCUGAACCAUUUGCUUAAAUCGCCGUUUUGCGUACAUCCCGGGACCGGGCGGGUCUGUGUGCCGAUUGACACGCGGAAGGUGGAAGAAUUUGAUCCACUAGGUGUACCGACAGUCACGCAGCUUUUGGGCGAGAUUGAUGAGUGGGAUCGGGAGAAUGGCGGUGAGGAAGGGGGGGAUGGUAGCCAAAAGAAGGUGCCGGAUUGGGAGAAGACGAGUAUGAAGCCGUACGUUGAGUUCUUUAGGUUAUUCGUAGCAGGAUUGUUGAAGGAGGAGAGGGGUGGUGUGAAGAGGGAGAGGGAAGAAGGGGAUCCAAUGGAGUUCUAGGGCUACAAUGGUAUGAUAAUGGCAACGAUUGGCUGGAGUUUUGGAUUCUUCGGGGCCACCUUGACUUCUUUGGGUAUAUCAACGUACUGUGUCAAUGCUUCAUAAUCCAUGCGCUCGUUGUGUCCAUCUAUAUACGCGUAUCUGGCACUGUCUGAAGUGGCUUAGCAAGUCGACUGAUUGCUCAAAACAAUUGCUUUUAAUGCUUUGAAACUGUUUCGAAGCACUUCACACUGCGCCAGCCAAGUGUUUACACAUCUAUGAGCGGGAUAUGUGGAUUGUUGUUGAAGAAGUUGAAAAUCAAAUUGUUACAGAAUAGUUAUACAAUCACCCACAAACUAAAAUGGAAUCUGCCGGACA